AAGACGAUGGUAGGCGACGGUAGAAGAAGGUGAGAUCAAGUUCUCUCACUUGCAUGUCGAAUUUUGAGGGUUUGAUUUUGGUUUUUGUUUUUGAUCUGUGUUAUUCUUUUGGGUUUUGUUCGCGGGUGAGAGGAGAAGAAGAGGUCACCGCCGGGGAAGGCAUCCGAUGGUCGUGCGAGGGACAGAAGAGGUUUCCUUCGGCAUUCCCGGGCUGCCGGCGGCGAAGACGAGGGUGCCUGGCUGACGAGGGUGGAGCUGCUGCUGCCUGCUGGUGGGUGGAGGCUGCGCGAGAAGGGAGAAGGGGGCUGGAGCGGCGAGGAUGGUAUUUGGAUUUGGGAGGAGGGCAGAGGGAGUCGACAGUCGACAUAUAAGGGUUAGUGGGGAAU